GAAAGCGAUAUGCUCAUGAAUACAAACUAAAGAAUCACGUCCAGACUCAUCACGAAAGGUUGGUGCUUCCUUUCACGGUCCUUGUUUCGUUCAUAUUUGUAAUGCUACUUUAUUUUUAAUUCAUUUUUGUUUCUCUUAUCAUGAUGUUUUGUUGCAACCAAUAAGAACAUGCACUUCUUUGUCCUUUAAUAUGAGUUGUAUAUUACCAAACUCAGUCUGCUUGUUAUGGAUGACAAUAAUUUUGCAAAGGAAGCAUUUGGAUGUCCAAAUGGUAUUUUAAAUUCAUUCUUUGUGUUUUACAAGCAUUUCAAACACAAAUUUUCAUUUGAAAUGGAACAAAGAGUUGUUCCAAUAACAAGAAGUGAGAAUGACUGCAGAAAUGGUUGCUUAUUGAAAUCAAAAGAUCAUCUUGUACAUAUCGGGGAAUAGACUCAACUUUGAUGUGAUAUAAAGUUCACAUUUUGAUUGUAAACUGCUAUCCUUAAGGCAUCCAAGCAGUUCAUAUCUCUAAAGGAACAUGUUGGGGGCCAAACAAACUUGGUUUGAUGUCAUACUUUUGAUUUUGUGAUUGAUAAAACUCAUUUACACGUAAACUAUGUUCUUAAAAGCUUUUCGUAACAGUUGGGGUUGAAUUUUAAUUUUCAAUUUCCUCAACAAUUUGAAUGGGGCAUGGUAGAUGUGACAAAGUAUGUCCCACCUCCUCCGGAGAAGCCAUCCAAAACUCCGAAAGCUGCUGCUGUGGCACAUGGCUCUGCGUCAUCUGACCGACCUUAUGCUUGUCCUUAUGAUGGGUGUGAAAAGGCCUACAUCCAUGAAUACAAACUGAACCUUCAUUUGAGGAGAGAUCAGCCUGGCCAUUUCCCAGAUGAAAAUGCUAAGAAUGCUCAAUCUAAUGUUGAUAAUGAGAUGGAUGAAGCCAGUGAUCAAGAUGCAUAUGGUGGAAAAUGCGGAAAUGGGAAAAUUCAGAAGCAAAGCAGCAGGCCAAAGCCAAACUUGAAGCUGCCUCCUUCAAAAUUGUGCAGCGCAAAGGCUCUAGAAGAAGAUAGUGAAGAAACGGAAGAGGACCCCGGCAAUGUUGAGAAUGGGAGGAUGUAUGGGGAGAAUAACGAGGACGAUGACGAAGAGACGGAAUACGAGGAUUAG